AUGUCUGAGCUGAACGAGUCACAGCACUAGUUGUGCCCGUAUUUUUGCUUGAACGCAAAGCUGCCGACAAAAGAGUCACAUUCUCGACUUGAUACGCCCCAACACAAGACAGAAGAACAAGCAUGCCGAGAAGGCAGGCAAGCGGACUGGCGGGGCUCCUCCCCCUCGCCCUCGCCCUCGCCACGCUCGCGUGCGCGCAGCAGAUGGGCGAAGGCACCGAGGCGUACCCGGAGCUGCCGACACAGUUCUGCACGCGGGCGGGCGGGUGCGCGACCAAGCGGACCAAGCUCGUGGCGAGCGCGGCGCUGCACAACAUGUACUGGGACGGCGACAAGACCAAGCCGUGCGCGGCGGCGCUCAACACGACCGCCGAGUGCGCCUUCGACAACGGCGACGCGGCGGCGUGCACCAAGAAAUGCACCAUCGAGCCCAUGGGCGACUACGGGCGCAUCGGCGUCAGCACAAAGGGCGACGCGCUCACGAUGCGGCUGUUCAUGCCCAACGCCAACGGCACGGGCUACACGCGCAUCAACCCGCAGGUGUACCUGCUGGGCGAGGACGGCAAGGGCUACGAGAUGUUCCGGCUGGUCAACCAGGAGCUGACGUUCGACGUGGACAUGUCGAGCCUGGGCUGCGGGCUCAACGGGGCGCUGUAUUUCAGCGAGAUGGACGCGUCCGGGUCGCGCGGCGAGCUCAACCCGGCCGGGGCGGCGCGCGGCACGGGCGAGGCCAUGGGCCGCGGCAUGGUGCUGGUCUUUAGCAUCUGGAACUCGCUGACGGGCGACAACAUGAACUGGCUCGACAGCGGGGCUGCCGGGCCGUGCGGGCCCGACGAGGGGAGCCCCGAGAUGGUGCUGGCGCGCAACCCCAACGUGGCCGUGACGUUUUCCAACAUUCGCUGGGGCGAGCUAGACACGACGUACCAGCGCGGAGGCUGAGGCGGCGGCGGCGGCGGCGGGGAUGUGACGGCGCAGCCUGCCAAGGCCGGGGCCGGGCGGGUGGUGGGCGGUGUAACGGCGGCUGUUGCGGGAGGUGUGAUGCUGGCCAUGUUUGUUGUAGGGGUCUAGAUAGGGGUCUAUCUAGAUAGGGGUCUAGAGGCACUGAUGGUUGCCGUGGCUGAGCUGUGGAGAGGAGACGAGCACGGCCCACUGUUUUGCGGGAACCAAUACCCCUCUGUCGUUAGUCAGGUCGGCAGUUCAUUCGGUUCUGCUGGGUCCAUUCCAAGACACGGAAACGGACAAAAACACGCAGCCAACAAGAUCACGUUCAAUGCGGGAAGG